AUGAACCGAAAACCACCGCAAAUUCCGGCAGUCGAAAUAUCAUCUGAUGAUAAACCGACGACUUCAACUACAGAAAAUCAAAAUGCACCUAAUGAGAAUAGUUUAUUAUCGCCAACAGCUGCAAAUAAGCCACAGGUUGGUUAGUCAGAGAAAAGUAGAAAACAAAAUGAAAAUCUAGUUUGGUUUCUAGGGAGAAAGUAGGUAAUUUCAAAUUAUCACGCAUUUCCGUCAGAACAAAAAAAAAUAUUUUUUUUAUUAUAUUGUCGAUCCAAAAUUAUUAGAGCAGUGGUAGAGAAAACCAAGAUACAGUAUACUUUGUGGGUUGCUUUGAUCUUGAGAAAAUAUUUGGUGUUCUAGUCCAUGUUCUUCCAGAAAAUUUCAGAUUGAAAAUAGAUAAGUCAUUUUCAAGUUAACCCAAAACUAAAUAAAAUGACGAAUUUAGUCAGGGUAAAUAUUUACAAAACAAUUUACAAUGAAUAAGUCCACAGAUCAAUUUUUCUUCAUUUCACACAAUUAAAAGUGCAUCACUUUUAUUAAACAACUCUUUUUUUAGUUGUUGAAUAGACUCUAGUGUUGUUUUGCUCUUUUGACCAGCAAACUGAACUGUCCUUUUUGAGAAACAAAAAGGAAAAUGCCUUGCCUAUGGCCGUUUUCUUUUUUUUUACUAUCAACGGAGUCUAUCACAUGACACCCUCUUCUCGUUUUUUUUCCAAGAAACUUUACCGAUAAGCGCGCCCACUCACUUUCAAUAUUCCAAAAUGAUUGGGUUUUUGCAAAGUUUUAGUGUUUUUUUUUUUGCAGAAUCAUCGCGCAUCUGAAUUUAUUGGACAAUUACAACAUCCACCAUUGGGUCGUCGGCCUGUUUCAGCAAUGGCUUCUUUACCUUGGUAAGUUUGUUGAAGAGGGUUCAGAGAAGCAUUAGAAAUAGUUUCUCGAGAUUCUCAGUACAAAAUUCAUCAUUUUUGGGUUAACAAUUAGUAAAAUUGAUGAAUUUUGACCCAAAACAACUAAUUUUCAACGAAUUCUAACAUAAAAACUUAAAAAUAAUUAUGAAAAAAGAUAUGAUAGUUCAUAGAGUCACAAACAUCCAAUACUUCUUUUCCAAGUUAGUUGAGAUAUUUACAUCUUGAAUGAGGUUUUUUCUGGCUAUCCAUUAUUCAUCACUGCCUAGGUUUCUUUUUUGAGGACGAAACUUUUUUGCUCUUUUUUUCUUCCAGAAAAAAGAGGGAGUUUUUGAAUAGGAGGGAGGAUUUUAGAAAUCGAAACCGAAGAUCAGACUAGAUGUUUUCUGUCAUAUGAAAUAGAACUAUUUUUGAUUGUGAGAAAAACUCUGAAAUUGGCAAGAAAAAUCAGAUCACAUUUUUUCUAUUGAUAAGGGAAGGUUGCGAACUCUCUCUAAAUAUUUCCUAUGAAACGAGAGAACAUUUUAGAUUUAGUUCAAAAUUCGAAAAGGAUCCCAAAAAUCUUAACCACAGUCCGAAAUUCUCAAAAAUCAAACUUGGUUUCAUUUUGAAGUUUUGAAUAUUCCAAAUUUCGUGAAACUCAAAAUAUUCCCAUUUUUAGGUUAACAUAUCAAAGUCCUCGCGAUGAUCCAACAAUCGAUGACGAUGAAGAUUGUGCAGUUGAAUCAACAUUAUUCCUAUCAACAAGUCCAUCAUUUCCCAGUCCAAUGCCAGGAUCUGUUAGUUCAUUAGCUCUCAGUCCACCUGGUCUUUCUCCUCUCAAUUUCAAUGAUGGUUCUCCAUUUUCUCUUUCAUCAACUCCUUCUUCAACAUCUUCUUUGGCUCCAAGAAAUCGUUUUACAUUUGAUCAUAUUCCAUUUAUUGGAUCAUCUUCAACUAAUUCAACACCAGCUGGUAUUUCACCAAAUGCUUCAACGAUUUCACCAAUUCAAAAAUCAGCUUUUGAAAUUGUAUCUUCUCAUCAAAAUGCAGAAGAAAUACUUCAAAGAGUUCGACUUGGAACAUCAGGUUCAUCAUCAACAACAACUACAACUACAACUAGAACAAGUCAAAGUCUUUCAACAAGUGAUACUGGAUCAACAGAAAAUAGACAGUUAGUUGAAUAAUUUGUGAAAGUUUUAAUAACUUUAACAAUUUCAGAUAUUAUUGUAAUAUGUGUAAAAAAGAUUUCAAAAGACCAGAUAUUCUUUCACGUCAUUUGAGAAGACAUACUGGUGAAAAACCAUUUGGAUGUGAUGCUUGCGGUCGAUUCUUUUCACGUUCUGAUCAUUUACGAACUCAUCGAAGAACUCAUACUGAUGAGAAACCAUAUCCUUGUACAAUUUGUAAUUAUUCAGCUGUGAGUGAAAAGAAGCUAAUUAUCAGAUAGGAAGAACACAGACUAUGAGUUACACACCUCGGCCAGCCACGGCUGGCCAGACUCUGGGCGGUCGGGUGAUCGGGCGUCCGGGCGAGUAAAGCGUUCAGAAAUCAGGCGAUAGGGCGGCCCUAUCGCCCGUUUUUCCAUCUCUAGGCCAGAGUACAGUUUUUGGAAAAAUCUGAAUUUCAGUUUUUAGAGGUCAAAAAUUGAAAAAUCACAAUUUUUAGAGGACAAAAACUGAAAAUUCACAAUUUUUGUACUGUAAAAAGUUAGCGUACAAUUUUUUAUUGUGGAAGCCACGAUUUUGGCCGAGGUGUGAUGAGUUAGCAUAAUUUCCAUUUUAAUUUUUCGUAUCUCAUAAUAAUUAAGGGUGAUAAUCUUUUCUAACAGAUGUCUGAUCCUAUUUCCUUUAGAAGUACAUAGUUUCAAGUCCCAAAAAUACAGAAAAAUAUUGUGAUAACGACGAAAUUUCUUUGAAAUAAUAUAUAAAGAAAGAUUUCUGAAAACUUUAGCAAGUUUUAGGCUAGAAAUAUCUUUUCUUCCCAACCUUCCUAAAUUGAUCUGAAUUGUCAAAUAUUUCAGCGAAGACGUGAUGUUUUAACACGUCACAUGGCAACUCGACAUCAUACAAAUGCUCCCCCAACAACAACAGGAACACAUCGAAAUGUUCGACGAUGUCUUUCAGAUGGAGAUUAUCAUAGAAUGACAAUUCAUGAAUUACGACAAAGACAUCAAACAAAUCGAGAAGAUAUUGUUGAUAUUCCAAAAAUGGAAGAUAUUGAAGAUGAUGUUAUUGUAGAUGAUGAUUAG